AUGAAGCGAGUGCACGGCCAUCUAGAGGCGAAAGGAGGAACUGUGGGAGACCUUUCUUCCCUGUUUCGGGACGGCUCCGCUACGCUGCGCCAGGAGAAGGGCGGCGUGUUAGUUCUGGAGGCUGCCGCAGGACUGCGCACCCUACGCCUGAAGUACCGUCACUACUCGGCCCGAGCAGGGCCCAUCAGAGUUUCAGGUGUGAUAGAGGCGGAGGCGUCGCCGGUCACGCUGCGCGCGCAGGUGUCGCUGACGCCGCCGUGCCGCGCGCAGCUGCGCGCGCUGGCCGUGGCGAGCGUGGGGCGCGUGCGCGUGCGGGCGACGGGGCUGGGCGCGCUGCGCCGCCUGCUGCCGCUGCUCGAGCGCUGGCUGCAGAAGCGCCUUCAGGGCGACGUGGAGCGCUCCGUGCUGCAGCGCCUCGAGGGCAUCGUCAACGCGCACCUGCAGCGCCUCUCGUGCUAGCGCGCCGCCCACGCGGCCUCUUGCGAUUCUGUCGUUUGUAUUGGAGAUUGACAGAUCCUGUACGUGAUAUAGUGGAAUACAGACAAUGAUCUACACAUUUUUCAGAUUUGAACGACAUUACGACGAUCUCAGAAGAGUUGUGCUGUCCUAUUGAUUUGUUCAUGUUUCAUUUUAAUUGUUGAAAUAAUUUUGUUUACAUAGAAUUGUAAAUAAUAUAUUUUAAUAUGCUCGAACUAGACGAUAAAUAAAUGUACAUUAAAGUAUA